UGUAUUUUUUUAGGAAAAAAAAAAAAAAAAAAGGAAUCAGAAACCAGUUCUUCUUUAUAAAAACAACACGUCCCAACUUUUGUUUUCUGUUUUCAUUUUCCAAUAAAAUACCCACCAAAAAAAAAAAAAAAAAAAAGAGAAGAAAAUCAUCUUUAUUUUUCUUUUUUCUUUUUUUUAAUCCAGAAAAAAGUUUCGGUAAUUGGGCCAAACUGAGUUUCUUCCCCCCCUUUUUUGUUUUUUUUUUUUUUUUUUUCUUCCUUCCUUCCUUCCAAAGUUGCCCUUUUAUUGGGAAUCGCAGAAAUUCUCUGUUUUUAGUUAAAAAAAGGAAAAAAGAAAAAAAACAUUUUAUCUGUUUCUCUGGAAAAUAAUAAAGUUUGUUCCUUGUUUGUUUCCAAAAGCAACGAAAAUGUGGGACUUUUAGGUAUCACUUUUGUGCUCAAUGGUUAAAAUCAUUGCCCAAAGUGGAAUGCCAUUUACUACUUUACUCAGGAAAUCCUGUUUUGGGUUUGUCUUCGAUUUUCUUGGAAAAAAAAAAGAAGACGAUAAAUCUUAAAGUAGAGAUUUUUAUUGUUUUGUUACUUAGUAUGGUAUUGAGGUUAUAGGGUGCUGGUGAGCUGUCGAGGUUGUUUUGGGCUUGUUUCGAGCAUUUUGAGUGGUUUUCUUGUCGUCGGUCUUGGUUAAAUUUUGAUGAUUACAAAUGGCUGAGGAGAAGAACGUUCGGUUAGUUCGUUGCCCGAAGUGUGACAAUCUACAACCAGAACUCAAGGCUUUCUCUGCCAAUCGGUGUGGUGGAUGCGGUGUUGCACUUCGAGCAAAGAAGAAAGCAACUGAGAAUGCUUUGCAUUCGGAGAAGUCAGAAGAGGAAAGGCUUGUAGGGGUUGCGGAGAAAUUUGAAAAUUUGGUAAAUAAACGGGGUGAUAGCUUGAAUGUUGCUUCUGAGAAUGAGAAGGAGAUUGAUGGGGUUUUGGUCGGUAGGAGAAAAGAUAGAAUCUUUGUAGAAAGAAAGGCUAAUAUCAUUACCAGUUGCUCAUCUAGAACAGUAGUUGAUGAAGAUGUAAAUGUUAGGGAAGGGGCUAAUGAUUUAAGACUCAAGCAAAGUGUUGCUGAGAAAAAUUACGGGUCCAUUGAGAAGUAUGUCCGUUUUUCACAACACCGGGAUGAUCAAUGGGCUCAUGGAACCAGUCGUUAUAGGGACGUGAACAGGUUCGAAUCUGUAAAUUCAAGUGUAGAAGAGAAUUCAACCCAACGAAAGGUUUUUGCAGGAUCUGUAAGAACAAGAACACGUAUGAAACCGCAGUUUACAGAAAGAGCUGAGGGAUUAUAUGGGAACCCUAGGGCAAUUUCUGAGCAGUGUAGAGCACAUAAGCAUGAUGAGGGACCCUCAACCUCUGAGCCAGAUUCUUACAAUGGCCAUAGAGAGUGGGUGAAGAAUAGUGAUGAUCUGAAUGUGGUAAAUGGAGUCAAAGAUUUGGAACAUGAUCGCUUUGAGCUUCUUAGGAAGUUGGAUGAUUUGGAGCAACUUAGCAGAUCUUAUAAUGUGGCAGAUAAACCAAGGGAAAGAACCAGUGGCUAUAGGACUCCACCUGAUCCCUAUGGCAACCAGGCUGCUUAUAACGUUUCUAUGCAGCCACCUUUCCUUGAAAAGCAGAUCCCAGAGCUCCGUUAUUUCAAUUAUAGACAUGGACCGGUUUCAUCUAUGAAUCAUCAUGACAUUGAUAGGCAUAGCUUCUAUGCUCCUCGAAGGCAUUUUCUGAAUGAUAUUCCUGAGUAUGAGGAACCUUUUAAGCCACAAAUGGAUCAUGAAUAUUUAAUGGCACAAUACAAGGAUUUUAAAUUAGAUUCCCACACCUCAUAUCCACAGGAAGCCUUCAACCACCCACCUACAUGUUCUUGUUUACACUGCUACAACCAGAAUUGGCUAGUUCCUCAACACGUUCCCCCCAAUGUUGUUGGGAAUAGAAGGUUCCAAAAUGUUCCACUUGAUUCAAACUUGUACCAUCCUGUUGAUCAUGUUAUGUUCAGGCCAGAGAGUUAUAAUCCUCGGGGUGCCUAUACUCCUUUGCAUUCUCAUGAUCCUCAGCCUAACACAAAAUGGCGAAGUGACCUUGCUUCAGGAAACGAUAGGCGUGGUCAGAAUUUUCCAAGAAGGGGGGUUGCAGCCCAUGGUGUUGGAAGGGUUUACCAUCCCAUAGCAGGUGGUGCCCCAUUUAUUGCAUGUUGUAGUUGUUUUGAGUUGCUGAAACUACCUAGAAAGGUUAGAAUGAAGAAUAAGAAUCAGCAAAAACUUCGUUGUGGUUGUUGUUCAAUGGAAAUGGUUUUUGAAAUUGAGAAUAAGAAGCUUAUUUUUAUUUCCUUGGAAUCAAAGGGUAUAUCUGCUGAAGUUGAGCAAGGUUCUUCAGAGUCAUUGAAUGGGAACAUCUCAAGUUCUCUUGGUGUCAAUGCUGGCUGCACCAACUCCCGCUCUGAUUGUCCUGGUUCUAACUUUUCCUCCACUGGUACCAAUCACAAUUUGUUGAUAGAAGACCAGAGGCUAAACUCACAUGAGUCUGAGGAGAGGCAGAGUCAUACUUCAAUACCUACCAAUUCUUCAAAGGGAGAGGAAAACCCUGAUUGCAAGGUUGUUGUUCAAAGAGAUGUUUCAGACUCUGCUGAGCUGCCCUCAGAAAAUGCUCUUUCUCCAACAUCUCCAAGUUCACCUCUCUGGCAACAGUCGUCUGAUAGUCCUAAAUAUGCCAUUAGCAGAUAUGAGCCGGAAAACAAGAGUAGUUUUACCAACAAUGACAACAUAGUCUUCAAUGGAACUCCCUCUCAACAUAAUUCUGUGAAAGAUAUAUCAGUGACAACUGAGGUUGAUGCUUCUUUUAAUGAGUAUCUGGACACCUGUAUAUCUCAAGACUCUGUGGAGGUAGGCAAAGAAGAAGAUCAACACAGGAUCAACAAAGGCUCCAAUUCCUUUUUGGUGGGUUUCAUCAAGAAGAGCUUUAGAGAUUUCUCAAGAUCCAACCAAUCUUUGGAGAAUGAAAUGCCUAAUGUUUCAGUUAAUGGGGAACUUAUACCAGAUCGCGUAGUUAAAAAGGCUGAAAAACUAGCUGGCCCAAUUCAUCCCGGAGAUUAUUGGUAUGACUUUCGAGCUGGAUUUUGGGGAGUCAUGGGUCAACGUUGCCUUGGCAUUAUUCCACCAUGUAUUGAAGAAUUCAAUUAUCCGAUGCCAACAAAUUGUGCUGCUGGGAACACGGACGUCUAUGUUAAUGGGAGAGAGUUGAAUCAGACGGAUCUAGACCUUUUGUCUAGUAGAGGCCUACCAACUACCAGAAAUAAAUUUUACAUUAUUGAGAUUUCUGGGAGAGUUCUGGAUGAGGACACUGGCAAAGAGUUUAGCCUUGGCAAACUUGCCCCAACAGUUCUGAAGACAAAGCGAGGAUUUGGCAUGAAAUACCCUAAAAAGCGAAUGUGAUUUGGAGCUCAAGCAUUUCCCAUUUCCAUGACCUUCUUUGGUUGGUCACAGGUUAUUAAGUUUCCUAUAAUAUUAAUGAGGUAAUUACCCCAUUCAUUAUUUAGUGACAGUUUGAUAUCCUUGUCUUGGUCGCAUUGGAGGAUGCAAGCUUAAUAUCAUAGGAAUUUAUUGUCUUUAUGCUAAAUAUAAUUAUCACUAAGACAAUAUGGUGCUUGUUGAUAUGCCAAAUUUCUUUGUAAACAAGCUGAUUAGCCACAUGGGGUGCAGAUUCAUGGGGCAUAAACAAGUCCUUUUGUAAUAUAUAUACUUGUAAGAAAUACAAUUUUUUUAGGAAAUAUAAGUAUUACAUGUUCUAUACGUUGAGAUA